CCCGGGUUGCGGAAGUGGUAGCCGCUGACCGAGCCUGCUUCUCUCUCGCUACUGCUUCGGCUCCCCGGCUCCCCCCCAGACGGAGAGGGUGGCCCGGCCGUGGAUGGUCAGAUAGCUUCUACCUCCCGCCGCCCAUCCCUGGCCCCAACCGGCACGGAGCAGACGGCGGCAGCAGCAGCAGCAGGCGAGGAGGAAGAUGGCGGGACGGCUGCCGGCCUGUGUGGUGGACUGUGGCACGGGGUAUACAAAAUUAGGAUAUGCUGGAAAUACAGAACCACAGUUUAUCAUCCCUUCCUGUAUUGCUAUUAAGGAGUCAGCAAAAGUGGGAGAUCAAGCUCAAAGGAGGGUGAUGAAAGGUGUUGAUGACCUAGACUUCUUCAUUGGUGAUGAAGCAAUAGAAAAACCUACAUAUGCAACAAAGUGGCCAAUCCGCCAUGGUAUAGUUGAAGAUUGGGACUUGAUGGAAAGGUUUAUGGAGCAAGUGAUCUUUAAAUAUUUAAGGGCAGAACCUGAAGAUCAUUAUUUUCUUUUGACUGAACCUCCACUGAAUACUCCAGAAAACAGGGAAUAUACUGCUGAAAUAAUGUUUGAGUCCUUCAAUGUUCCUGGCUUGUACAUUGCUGUACAGGCCGUUCUUGCCUUAGCUGCAUCUUGGACCUCCAGACAAGUAGGAGAACGGACGUUGACCGGUACGGUAAUAGACAGUGGAGACGGUGUCACUCAUGUCAUCCCUGUGGCUGAAGGGUAUGUGAUUGGCAGCUGUAUUAAGCACAUUCCAAUCGCAGGACGAGAUAUAACAUAUUUUAUUCAGCAAUUGUUGAGAGACCGAGAAGUAGGAAUUCCUCCAGAGCAAUCCUUGGAAACUGCUAAGGCAGUGAAGGAGCGCUAUAGUUAUGUCUGCCCAGACUUAGUAAAAGAAUUUAACAAGUAUGAUACAGAUGGAUCAAAGUGGAUUAAACAGUAUACUGGAAUCAAUGCUAUUUCAAAGAAAGAGUUUUCCAUUGAUGUUGGAUAUGAGAGAUUCUUGGGACCUGAAAUCUUUUUUCAUCCAGAGUUUGCUAACCCAGACUUUACCCAGCCUAUCUCGGAAGUUGUAGAUGAAGUAAUUCAGAAUUGUCCUAUUGAUGUCAGACGUCCUCUCUACAAGAAUAUUGUCCUCUCUGGAGGUUCAACCAUGUUCAGGGACUUUGGACGUCGUUUGCAAAGAGAUUUGAAAAGAACUGUAGAUGCCAGGCUGAAAUUAAGUGAGGAAUUGAGUGGUGGUAGAUUGAAGCCAAAACCUAUUGAUGUACAAGUCAUUACACAUCACAUGCAACGAUAUGCAGUUUGGUUUGGAGGAUCUAUGCUGGCUUCCACACCUGAGUUCUACCAAGUAUGCCACACCAAAAAGGAUUAUGAAGAAAUUGGACCUAGCAUUUGUCGUCACAAUCCAGUGUUUGGAGUCAUGUCGUAAAAUUGGCUUCAUAGUUAUUGGGGUUAGGGAGGUGGGGAAGAAAUAGUCUUUCUGAUUACCUGUUUUGUCUGGAUGGCUGGUUUUAAACCUGACUUGAAAUAAUAAGACCAAACAUUAAUUAUACAGGAAUAUUUUAAUAAGUAUAUCAACAUGCGAAUGUAGAGGAGAGCCAAAAUGAUUGUGUUUUUCUUUAGAUUGAAUAUUUGAAUCUUACGUGUAUCAAAAAGAAGUGGGUUUUAGUUCUUUCUGUGCCUUGGUAUUUUGUAUAUUAUUGAAUUAUCCAAGAUUUGAUGGGAUUUAUCAGUAUGUAGAUAGCUCUAUAAUGCUUGAAUUGUACACUUUGAAGUGUGCAAUGCAAGAGCUUGUUUAUAUUUCAUACUUUUUAUACUUUGAGGAAAAAAAGUCAAAGAAAAACUAGUAUUUGAGGGUAAAAAAAAAAGUGACCAAGUAAAGGAUAAAUACAAAAAAUAGCCUGUGAGACUUGGCGUACACACACACUCAUGGGAUUCCAGUUAUUAUGAAGUGCUUCCACCCUCCUGUGCCCCCCAGUGGUUUUCUUUGCAAGUGCUUUUGGAACUAAGAAGCUAGUGUCUUGGAUUAACUGAUGCCUGCUAGUGCUUUCUGAUUACUCGCAUUCUGUUUUCUCGCUUUAAA